AUAGGCGAUGGUCGAAAAGUUUUCGUGUCCGGAGUAAAAGUUGCGUAGUCGUCGUACGUCCGGAGAUCAAGUGUUGGCACGAGUCUUCUUUUUAUUCAAUACCGAAUAUAAUUAAUAUAAUAAGCUAACUGUCAUAAUAUAACAAUAUUGCUAAGAUAAACAAUUGUAUUAAACAAUAAAUAUCCUACAUUUGGGGCCUCAACCGAUAAAACAAUAAAAAGUUGACCCAUUUGUAAAGUUCAGAAAAUUGUGAAAUUGUAAAUCGAAAAGUGCCGAUGUACAUGCAAAGUUGACGCACAGGAAGAAGAGGAUCGACGAAAGCAUGUACGAAUACAUGCUAACAAUGAUAAAAAUUGCAGCGCUUGGACAAGUCGAUGUUGAGUCUAUUAUCGCUUAUAUAGUUGACGGGCUGGAUAUUAAAAGCGAGUUAAAAUUUGCAUUGUACGGCAGCAAAUCAUACAGCGAACUGUUUGAAAAAUAUGAGUUGUACGAGAGCAAGUGUGUUAUCGGAAAACCGCAAAUGCAAUACAGUGGUGGCAGAAAAAAUAUAACCGAUGGAAAAAUUAUUUGUUGCUACAACUGCGGCUCUAAUGAACACAUGAGAAAAGACAUAAAAGAUAAUAAGCACAUGAAAGUAGUUUUGCUUAACGGUACAGAGGUCGCCUGCCUUGUGGACACAGGAUCCGAUGUGUCAAUCUUCUGCGUGACUUUGAAUGACGGAGAGUUCACCUUUACAAAGGCGUCAGCGCAGCCGGAAUGCGCUGAAUCAGAAGAGCUAAGUAUAUACAAUAUUGUUGAGACUGGUAGUAAUAUAGAUGCUUCUCCACAGUAUAAGCCGGUGAUCGAGUCAAUGAUAGCAGAGUACAAACCAGCCGAAAACACUCACUCAGCUGUGGAAUCCGAGUCGAUUAGAAAAGAAGUUGACGUCUGGUUGCAGGAUGGCAUUGUGCGCAAAUAUUCAUCGAACUUUGCCAGUCGAGUCGUCGUAGUGAAAAAGCUGCAAGCGCAAGUCAAGGACGCGCUGCGAGACGUCGAGGAAGCAAAGGCCGCCAAGGAGGAACUACAGGCGUUGAGCAAGGAGGCCGAGCGCAAGGUCAAGGCCCUGGAGGCAGAAGUAUUACAGCUGUCUGAAGAUCUGGCCAGCUCAGAGAGGGCGCGACGUGCUGCUGAAACGGAGCGUUACGCUUUAACUCUACGCGCCGCCGAACUCACUGAUCGUAUCAGCAGCGUGGAAAAGGAACUGUUCCCGCUGCAGUGCAGCAACAAGGAACUGACAUCGAAGAUCGAGGAGAUUAAUGUGGAGAACACCUCGCUCGCACCGAGGCAAUCAAGUGGCGGCAGCGUGCUAAUGCGCUGGUGGAGAAGAGCAAUCGCAACCCAGAGGAGUUCAAGCGUCUGAAGGCUGAGCGCGAGCACCUGGCAAAGUUGCUGACCGCCGAGAGAGCUGAAUUACGCAAGGAGGUAAAAACACAUAUUCAGCGGGCGCAGAAAAAGUAUAAAGACGGCUAUGAUCGCAAACGCAAGGGCGAGCGUACAUAUAAAGAAGGAGAUCGGAUGGCUAUUAAACGAACUCUGUGACUGGCAAAAAACUAGCUAGCAGUUUUCUCGGGCCAUAUGAAGUAACUAAAGUAAAAAGAAACGGCCGAUACGAUGUACGGAAAGCAGCUCAGGUGGAAGGCCCUACAAUAACCGCAACAUGUGCAGAAAAUAUGAAGCUAUGGAAGUACGCGUCUACAGAGGAAGAUCUAUGGUCGUCUGGGUCAGACGACAGUGAUCAGGAUGGCCGAAUGUAACAAUAGUUAUCGAUAGUCGAUGGUCGAUAAUCAUCGCAAAGGGUAGCGUCGUGAGCGAAAGUAGUAAUAAGAAAUGGAACAAGCAUAGAGAGAGUGGAAGUAGAGAAAAGUCGGGUUGAAAGUCUUUGUUAAAAAGAUCUAAAAGCGAAAAGUUGUCGUGUACGGAGUAAGACAAAGUUGCGUAGUCGUCGUACGUCCGGAGAUCAAGAGUUGGCACGAGUCUUCUUUUUAUUUAAUACCGAAUAUAAUUAAUAUAAUAAUCUAACUGUCAUAAUAUAACAAUAUUGCUAAGAUAAACAAUUGUAUUAAACAAUAAAUAUCCUACAUGUAUAUACAUAUGUAUGUAUGUAAUUAAUUAUUAAAAUAAAUAUAAAUAUGUAAAGGGUAGCUACUUCGAGCGGUAAAUGUAAAUUCGUUUCUUCGAUCAGAAUUGAUUUCGUCCCGAAAAUGGUCUUCUAGCUCACAUAUACACGUUCUCGUCUAUUGUUUUUACUCACACAAGCAAGCAAAUUCUAUUUUUAUAUUUCUUACGCUCUCAGCGUAAGCGAGCGGACAGAGGGCAAUUUGGCCGUCACCAAAAAGUGGCUGCAUGCAAAACCAAUGUAUAGACGUUACGCAUCUUGUUAUUCUAGGGUCUUUGGCCUCGAGCCACCUCUAGAGCCAGCCCGAAAAAAUCGUCUGAAAAAAAUCAUAUGGCGUAUCGCAUGCUAUUUUAGUGUCUUUAACUAGACUAAACUUUCGUCACUAAAGGCAACAUAAGGCCUGUUUACACACGGAGUGCUUUCAGCGUUUCAGACGAAAUUCCCUUUUAAAAGACGUUUUUAGUAACUUUAAAGAAAAUACUUUGGAUUCAUUUAAAUUUUCAAUUAUUAAUUUUUAAUUCCACUAUGUAAUAUAUAUUUUUUUAUUUACAUUAAAAAUAUUUUUUACACGCCCAGGUAUAGUAAAUAUACCAAGGUAAAAGAUAUAAAUAUAAAUAGCAUUAUAGUUAAAAAAAGCUAGUUCUAAGUGGUAACAAUGUAAGCAUUUAAAAUUAUCAUUGGCAUAUAACAUUGUAUUCCAAACACAAACUUUAAGAUUGUGGCGUCAGACACCACUUAUUUAAGUUCGGAUGUGCUGUUCGCUGCUUUCUGAAAAAAUGUAUUUGUACUGGGAAUAAUAAUAAAGAAAGCUCUGUUUAAGCCACAAUAUA